AUCACAGUGCGGGAGGUAGGCAGGAGGGGACAUCAGCCACGGCAGCUCAGCUGUAUGUGUGUGUGUGUGUGUGUGUGUGGAUUGCACCAUCAUACCCUCCCAGUACCUACUUUCAACCAUGCUUUGAAAGACUAUCGAUAUCUAUAUCUGAUAUAUGCAUAUACAUUUAUAUUUUGUAUCACUGAUUAAUCAAAGCAUUGCUCAUUUGGCGUGAGUAAAAGAAAGUGACUUCGGCUAUGGCUUUAGUAAUGGAACCUAUUAGCAAAUGGACACCGAAGCAAGUACUGGAGUGGAUGAAAGGACUUGAUGACUGCCUUCAACAGUACAUUAAGAAUUUCGAGCGGGAGAAGAUCAAUGGGGAGCAGCUCCUUCACAUCACCCACCAGGAGCUGGAGGAGCUGGGGGUGACCCGCAUCGGGCACCAGGAGCUCAUUCUGGAGGCUGUGGAUCUGCUCUGUGCACUGAACUAUGGCCUUGAGACAGAGAACCUGCGAACACUCUCCCACAAGCUCAAUGCCUCGGCCAAGAACCUGCAGAACUUCAUCACAGGCCGGCGGAGGAGCGGGCACUAUGACGGCAGGGCCUCCCGACGGCUGCCUAACGACUUCUUGACCUCCGUGGUUGACCUCAUUGGUGCUGCCAAGAACCUCCUGGCCUGGCUGGACAGGUCUCCAUUUGUAAGCGUGACAGAGUAUUCAGUGCUGAAAAACCAUAUUGUUCAACUCUGCCUGGAAUUAACAACCAUAGUGCAACAGGAUUGCACUGUGUAUGAGACAGAAAACAAGAUCCUCCACGUGUGUAAAACCCUGUCUGGAAUCUGUGACCACAUCAUCUCCCUCUCCUCUGAUUCACUCGUCUCUCAGUCUGCUCACCUGGAGGUCGUCCAUCUCACCAACAUCAUGCCCAGCGAUGGCCUGGGGAUGUACAUCAAGUCAACAUAUGAUGGGCUACAUGUAAUCACUGGAACCACCGAAAAUUCUCCCGCAGACCUGUGCAAAAAGAUCCACGCUGGGGAUGAGGUCAUCCAAGUCAACCACCAAACUGUGGUGGGCUGGCAGCUGAAGAACCUGGUGAACGCGCUGCGAGAAGACCCCAAUGGUGUCAUCCUCACACUAAAGAAGCGACCCCAGAACACGCUGACCUCAGCCCCCGCCCUGCUCAAGAAUGUACGCUGGAAACCCCUCGCCCUCCAGCCCAUCCCUACCAGCCCUAACAGCUGCUCAACCACCCCACCCAACACAAUGGGCAUGUCUUCGAAGAUGGACAGCUCUAAUAUGCAUGACGUUUUUAUCCUGUCUCCUGUCUCAGGGCUUUAUGGACCCAGGGAAGAGAUGGGCAUCAUGUCCUGUGAUGACAUCAGCAAGUACGGAAUGGGAAAGUCCGGGAUGAAGGGCUCGGAAUCUCCCAGCUACUUCCUGGACCACGAGAGUGGGAAAUACUACACACUGAUGGAGGGGGAGGGCGUCUCGGUGGGGCCAGACUAUGAGCGGGGGAGAUCGACGGGUGUGCGGAGACGAGAGAGGACGCCCACUCACGGUGACCUAAGGCCGGUUUCCAUGCCAACGGAGUACAGCUGGAUAGGAGAGACCAAGGAGCCCAACAUGUACAAGAGGGGGAGCAGAGCUAAGCGACAGAGACUGCCUUGUGAUGGCUGCAGAAAAAUGAGAAACUCUGAGAACUCUCUCCUUCGUUACCUGAGUGACGACAAGAUCCUGGUGAUUCAGGAGGAGCCGGAGACCCAGCGUGAGUGUAAGCGGGACACGGGCCGGCGCUCCCGGAAGAAGGGCAAGAACCCCAGCAGCCCCAGCUAUCCCAUCAGCCCCUCCCUGCUGACAUCCACUGUGCGGCUGGACUCGUCCCAGUCAGAGCUGCUGUCCUUCCCUCUGCCCGAGAGCAACACUGUCCCCCUCUACCACAGAGCUGGAGACACGCUGCGAGGAGACUCGGAUCGGUAUGCUAGUUCUGGAAUAGAUAGACAAGGAGUCACAUCCAUGAGGAAGUCAUUUCAUUACGCCUCCUUAAGGACUAAAACCAAAAAGAGAACCAAAGGCUCUCUGACCAGCGGAAGCCGGCGGAGGAUCUCCUGUAAAGACCUGGGCCAUGGCGACUGUGAGGGCUGGCUCUGGAAGAAGAAGGAUGCCAAGGGCUACUUCAUCCAGAAGUGGAAGAAGUACUGGUUCAUCCUGAAGGAUUCCUCACUCUACUGGUACACCAACCAGAACGAUGAGAAGGCAGAAGGGUUCAUCAGUCUCCCAGAGUUCAGGAUAGAUCGAGCCAUCGAAUGCAGACGGAAAUUUGCCUUCAAAGCAUGCCACCCCAAAAUCAAGAGUUUCUUUUUUGCCACAGACUGCCUAGAGGAAAUGAACAGGUGGAUGAAUCGCCUGGGACUCGCGGCUAUCGGCUACACACCUGACGACAAGGUACCUCGACCUGAUGAAGACUACUGGAGUGAAAGUGACCAGGACGACAUUGAUGGUUCCCUCACCCUGAAACAGGAAGGUCCUUCCUCCACGUGUGAUACCUACCAUCGGACCUCCUCCGUGAACUCCUCCAGCCCGUUCCCAGAGCCCAAACAUGGGCGGCACUUCUCAAGCGAGUCGACCUACUCUCAGUCGUCGGCAGAGGAGUCCCGUCAGGACCCCACGGGCAGCACGCACUCCUCGGGCUGUCGGUCCUCGUACCGCGAGCGGCGCUCCUGGCAGGACCUGAUCGAGACCCCGCUCACCAGCUCCGGGCUUCACUUCCUGCAGACGGUGCCCUCUGACCCCGAGUACGCUGGCGGCCGGCCGGGUAUGUCCCCCGAGCGGCGGAGACAGGCCACCCUGCCCGUGCAGCGGCGCCACCACACAGACCGCGACGGGCCCUUCCCACUGGUGGGGUGCGAAAGAGGCUUCAAUCCCCACUGGCAGGCGCACAAGCAACGCAGCCAGAGCCUGCCACGCAACCGUGACGCACGGUGCAAGGGCAGCGUGCGCCCAGCGGGGCUCUCCGAGGAGAAAUCAGAGGACGAAGAGAUUGAGUUCCGCAAGCAGAAUGGAUCCAGUAAAGAAGAGGGCCAGUGGGAGGAGCGGGAGAGAGACAGGGAGCAGGAGAGCCGCGACGGGCUGCAGGAGCUCUAUAAGACCCUGGAGCAGGCCAGCCUGUCCGCCUUCGGGGAGCAGCGGCCAUCCACCAAGCAGGAGUUCCGGCGCUCGUUCAAUAAGAGGUGCAACGACCCCGUCAUCAAUGAGAAGCUGCACCGGAUCAGGGCUCUGCGCAGCACGCUCAAGGCGAAGGAGGGCGACCUGGGCAUGAUUAACCACCUUCUUGACGACCCCAACCUGACCUCGAAGAAGUUCAAGGAGUGGAAGCAGAGGCACCACGAGCUGUUCAUGGACAUUUGUGAGUUCGGCUCGGGGCCCAGCAAGCCUCAAAACGGAGCCUCCGAACUGUCGGCCCUGCCUCCCCUCAUGACACACACCCACUCCUUCAUCGAGACGCAUGUCUGAGACACAAGGGGGCGCUGUGGAGCCUGCUGGCAGUUCCUGAAGAACACAAUCAACCCCCUGCCCUCCUUCAGCCUCACCCUUAAAGAGACACUCCCAAACCCCAUACCCACCCGACCCCAACAACCAACCAACCAACCACUGUAAUAUUUUGUAAAUAAUGUAUUCAAAACUAAAAGUUAUCCUGUAAAUACAUUGGAUGAAAGAGAAUAGUGCCACAGGAUGCCUAAUACAUGCAUGAAGAGAAAGUAUUAUCCUUAUGUUUUCUUCUUAACAAAAAAAAAAAAGCAAACAGAAAAAAUAUUUUAGUUGUGCUGUUGUGGAGCACUGUGUGCAUUUUUAUUUAAUUUUAUUCAUUUUUUAAUUUAAUUUAAUUUUUUGCAAUAAACAAGAGGCAAUGUAGCAGCAUUAUUGAUGGGGAUUCUCUCCUACCAGUACUAAAGCUUAUAGUGCAACUGCUCUCAUAAACUGCUCACAGAUUUUUAUAUAUAUAUUUAUAUAAUUAUUAUUAUUACUAUUAUUAUUAUUAUAAUUAAUUGUUUUUAAGCGAUAGAUUAAAGGUAACCCAAUAGUAGGAUCUAGGGGCGUCUAACGAAUCACUAAUGGAGGGGACCCCGAAGAAACCUUAUGUUUAACUCUUUACCGGCUGGACAGUUUUCUGAAAAAACUACAUGCAUGACAUUCUAACAUGCACUGGGAAAGUGUAACGAUUCACAUAAAGCAGCUACUCAAUAAAUCUUUUAAAACUGUGAAUAAAAUCCUUGUGAAUGCAAUCUUCAGAUUCUGGCUAUUCAGAAUCCAAAAAAAGGGGAAAGAAACGCUUGCUUGAAUCAUCUCUGUUGCUUCAGUCACAAGCCAGUAUUGCUUAGGAAGACAUUCCUAGCUCUGGGCUGAACUCAGGUUUUUGUUCUGUUCUGUUCAAGCACCUUUAUGUCAACUACUGGCUUACAUUCAAACAGCAUUAGCAUACUGUUGAGUGCAUUACAGUCCCUAUGCAUUUGACAACAAGCUCAUGCUUCAUGAAUGCGCCCCAGUACAGCUUCACUUCUCACUAAGCUCCUUCAGACCUCGGAAGGCAGCUCCACUCUCCAGCUGAAAUGAACUGAAGUAACUCCUUCUUGUUUUGUUUUUAAGGGAGAACUGAAACACAAGCAGCUCCCCGUCACAGCUAAUAUACCCUAUCCUCACAUUGCCCUCCGUAGAGGGGGUGCUGAGCUGCCAGCCUACUCCUCCAAAUUCAGACUGUACUUGAGCGCAGUGACCCAGGUAUCAAACUCAUUGAACUCAACGAGAACCAUUGGUAGCAAAUCAUAUUAACUCCUCAUCAGUUCUUUUAAGACAGUUUAAAUACCGUUAUCCCAAUUUUAGAUUAAUAAUGAGACUCUCCAAGUCAUUGCUAUAAUUAGAAUAUAUUCCCAUAGCGUAUACAGCCUUCAUUAAAGGGAAGGCCAGAGAAAGUGUGCCAUACAAACCUCUGGACAACAGAAAUUAGCCGGUGUUCAUACUGAUGGUUCAAGUGAAACGUACUUUGGAGAAGUGUUUCAAAUUGUUUAGCUUGUAAAGAAAACGUUUUUUUUAAAGACAAAGCUAAUAAAUGAUUGUAGUAAAUUAUCUUGAAUUCAUUGCUAAAUUCUUAUUGAAAGAACAGUUCUUCACAGGAAAAGUGUGUUUGAAGUAAUUAACAACAGCCACAUUCAAUCAUGACUUUGUUAAGUGCCACAACUAACUUGUAAAGAAUAUUGAGGCCCCAGAAAGAGGUAAAACACAGGCUUGUGUGUUGGCUGCUGAAAGAGUUGCUUACCUCGGUUUCUGUCCAGCCCAGUCGUACAUCUGGUAGCGACAUUGUUAGUGGGUUUGAAGCUUCUUUCUGCAUUGCUGUUGGGUUCUACGUGCAGUAUGUGAUGAGUGCAAAGAGCUCAUACAGUGUAGCAGCGCACUGGCCCCGUACAGCAGCUUCAUUUUCUUUACACCCCGCUCUAAGACACUCACCACACACAGUAUCAUCCCAUAUCUCCCAGCUGCUCAAACGAUGAGCGCCACAGCUGUGUCCUUUCAGCUUGCAUUGAGCAGGCAGUUAGGUACAGGCACAAGGCCAUGCGCACCUCCUCCAAAAGAAGCCAUUUAACCCAAAGACAAAGUAGUAUUUCUACAGUGCACAGCAUGUAUACCAGCUAAUAGGUGAUUGUGCCAUACUGUCAUUCUAACCACACAAUCAGAUUUCAAACAUUAAAAGUGAACUGAGACAAUGUGUACAAAAAUGUACCAUAUAACAAAGAUUGGGCUUAUUUCAUUUUGGUCUUGAAAGCAAAAUGCAAUGCUACUACUCUACAAUGAGAUUUUAAUAUCGGUUAUGUUUUAACACUAAAAGAAACCUUCUUCUUCCAUAAAUCUUACCAGUGGUUGUGGUUUUGAAAGAAACACAUUGUAGUGAGUGGGAUGGAAGUGGAAUGAAAUUCAGUUGUCCGCUACAAUCACUUUAAUAUCUUAAAUGAGAAAGACUUCUAGUCAAAAGGCUUGUCAAGCUUUCUUUUAGUAGUACUACAUAUUCUACCAUCGAGUGGUUUCAUGUAGCAUCAAGGAAUCAUGUUGCUGAGUUCAGUUCAGUUCAGUUCAAGCGUGCUGGGGUGUGCAUCACCUGAUUAUGCAAUGGAAGAGAAAGAGCAAGAACCUUCUAACAAUGUAAACUAAACCAGAAUGGGCUUCUAACACUGUCCUUUGAGCCCCACAGGCUGACCAAAUAUUGAAUGUGCAUCAGUAAUAAUCCUGGUAGGCUGGCCAUUAUAUUCUCGUUGUAGUCUCUAGCAUCUAUAAGUAUAAUGAGGUUUUAUGUGUAAGGUACUAAUACACUGAAUGCUGAAUUUAUUGAAAAUGAUGUAAAGAUUUUAUUAGUGAGUCACAGAAAUGACCAUACACACAAAUUUAAACCACACUUAAAUCUGAAUUUAACCAUCCUUUAUAAUAAAAAAAAGGUGACAGUGAACUUCAAGAUGUUGAUAGUAAUGCCAAGUCCAACCUAUUCUGUUUUAUUUUUUAUUUUUUCAUUACAGUGCAAUAUUAUUUAUUUAUUUUUUUUCACGGUUAUGUUUCAGCCUAGUUGUGCAGAAAUGAAAAUUACUCCUGUGGUUUGUGAUGGAAAUCUUCCAGUGGGAAGAACCAGAGGCAAAUGAUGUAUUACCCUAUGUGUUACCAAGUGCCAGUAAUGCAAAAGAUGUUAUACCACAUGUCAUGACUAAUGUAUUUCACCGCACAUUUUGUGACGUCAGUAAUAGAAUAUGCUGGAUCUACAAGGUUGCUGUGCAGGCAGGUAGUUAAAAUUGACGACAAUGGUGCUACUGCAAGCUAUCUGAAUUUGAAAAGCAUUUCAAUCCAGCAUCAUGCGGCAGCUUUGAAUAUCUUUUCAAAGAAAACUGAUGUAGAAAUGACCCCUUUGAAGAGCUGAUGAACCUUAAUCCACCAGAACAACUAUGUAGUGACCAAAAACUGGAAAUUGAAUAAAAAAUGACAUGUGGUAAAAAGAUUAAUGCAUGGGCUAUUGGAAGAUUUUAUCCCUCUUGGGGCAGAUAGCGGUUAUGCAAUUAUGGGAGCUCAUUGGCCCUGUUCAAAGAAGCUUGAGGAGUUUAUACAUAUGUGUCAAAAUAUUAUAAAACACCAAAUAUUUCUUACUGGAACUGCAGUAUAGACUUUCCCUGGGACACCCAAACUGUGGGUCCUAUAUUUGUUUGACAGGGCUGUGAAGGCAGAUCUGACCCUCAAGAUGCUGUAUGCUUCCAUGCUGUGACUGCCUGCUGGGCCCAGCCUUUAACUGGGAGGAAAAGUGGGUCAUUUCCCCGGGGAGGCAUUUAGCUGUAAGGGAAAAUAACAUACAGGACUGUCUAGUUUAUUACACCACUGCCAGCCACUUGGUUGUUAAUCAUUUGUCUUUAUGGAUGGGUGUUGCAGAAUGUAUUGGUAAACACUUGAACAUUUUCAUAAAUUAAUAUGGAAAUCUGCUAACAAAUCAGUUUGGAAACAGACAUAAAUCUGAGUCAAGAGCAGCUGUGGGUUAUUUAACAGCAUUCCUUGGAGUUAGAAGUGGAGUGCAUUCUCUAUAAAACCAAUCCCACUGUUAAUUAGUGACUCUUUCUGGGAGAAGUAGGACUGGAGCAUUUGCAGCAACCCCCAGUACGCUGACACAGAAAGUUUAUUUGAGGCUGGAACUGGCACUGCCAAGAUAUAUUUCUGAGACUUUUAGUUUCAUCACGGAAUUACUCUUCAUCUAUAACAGAAAUCAUUUGCCAGUUGAAUUGCUGUAUGUUGUGUCUUAUUUCACCAUGCUAUUUCUUCUCUUUACAAGAAUUAUAGAUUUUCAUUUUAGGCACAGACUGUCACAUUGUCUCUUUCUUUUCAUGUGUCUCAAACUUAAGAAAACUGUACGAAUGGGAUUCCACUGUGUGUUAUUUUCGGGGUGUAUACCCCAUGGUACAUUGCACAGAUGUGUAAGAUGUAAGUUGCACUGCGACAUUAAAAAAAGGAACAUAUUGCUCUUUUUUCAAAGAUAUUAUUAACUGUUAUUCUGUACAUUGACUGAUUUAAAAAAAAAAGAAAA